AUGGAUAUUGAUGAUUAUUCAAGAGAUCGUUCACGUUCGCCAGUAAGAGAUAGAUCGCCAGUUAGAGAAAGAUCUGGUUCAGACUCUGGCGCUGCCACAGCAUCUAGUAGUGAAUCCAGUAGGUCUCGACGUGAUUACGGAUAUUCAUCCCGUGAUAGAGGUGGAUAUGGAAGCGAUAGAAGAGGUGGUGAUAGUAGACGAGACUACGGAGGUGAUAGAAGAGGUGGUGGCGGUGGUUAUAGAGGCGGUCGCGGCAGUUCUAGAGAUUUCUCCUCUAGUAAUAGAGGUAGAGAUUAUAGUUCUUCACAUGGUUCAUCUGACGAUACUUAUCGUUCCAAAACUGAAAGAAAUUAUGAUAAUUCUAUUUUCAUUGGAAAUAUUCCAUUUGAUUGUACUUCUAAAGAUGUCGAAGCUAUCUUUGGCAAAGAAUUUAAAAUAGCCAGAGCUGAUAUCGUUACCAAUAGAGGUAGAUCAAGAGGUAUGGCUACAGUUGAAUUCACUACUAAAGAUGAUGUUCGUGAUGCUAUUGAUAAAUUUGAUAGAUUUGAAUAUCGUGGACGUGAAAUAUUCGUGAGACAAGAUUAUCCACCACCAGAAAAGAAAGAACUGUUCCCACCAAGAAGAGAAGAAUAUAGUAGAGGAACACCAAGAACAGGAAGUAGAGAUAGUUACAAUGACAGAAGAGGACCACCACAACCAUCUUCUAGAGAUCAACCAACCAAACCAGGUACUGAAAUUUUUGUUGGUAAUUUACCAUUUUCAAUAAAUUGGCAAGCAUUGAAGGAUAUAAUGAGAGAUGCAGGAGAAGUUGUUAGAGCUGAUGUUAGACUUGAUAGUUGGGGGAAAUCAAGAGGGUUUGGUACUGUUGUGUUUAAUACUCCGGAAGAAGCUAAUAAAGCCAUUGAAAUGUUUCAAGGAUAUGAAAUUGAAGGAAGAAAACUUGACACUCGUCCAGGGCGUACCCAAGUUAGACCUGAACGUGAACGUGAUUCCUAUAGAGGAAACAGUAGUCACGAAGACCACCGCCAAGACAGAGUAUCGUCUGCACCAGUAUCUUCUGCCAAUACGUCAUAUUCUUCCAAUAGACCUGCAUUGAGGAAUAGUGAAUUUACUGAAGGUGUUACUGGACAUGGAGAAAGAUCCGAUACUAUUUAUGUUUCAAAUUUACCAUUUGCUACUCAAAAUGAUGAUUUAUAUGAAUUGUUUGAGACUGUUGGUAGAACCACUCGUGCUGAAAUUCAAUAUGAUCCUGCCACUGGAAGAGCCAGUGGAAAUGCUGUAGUGCAGUUUGAAUUAGCUGAGUUGGCUGAUAAUGCUAUUCAAAAUUUGGACAAUUAUUUAUAUGGUGGUAGAAACAUUGAAAUCACCUAUGCUAAAUUGCCAUAA